AUGGUCAACGGUUUGUUGAACUUUGGUCCAGGAUUGAACCCGGCGGGGAAACUGGAAAUGAAACCUCUCAGAACGUACUCGUCUUUGUAUUCCUCCUCCUCACAAUUUUUCAUCAAGAUAAGGAAAUCCUCCUCGAUAUUUCUACCCAGAAUCUUCAACACUUCGGUACGCUCCAGAGGUGUAGGAUCGGCCGGGUACGAUUCGUCUCUGAUCUUGCUGUAA